UGCUUCCUCUUUCUUUUAACAACAACGACAUGGCUUCUCAGAGGUCUGGGUUGCUCCUCUGUAACUUGACUCUGCUGGUGUUGUUCUCUGUGUCUGUGGGGGCAGGAGGAGGCUUCAGGGGCUUCAGGAGGUUUCACCAGGAGCAGGACACCAAGCAGAGGGCUGUGUUUGAGCAGCAGUGGUUCACCCAGAAGCUGGAUCACUUCAAUGGUGCAGACAGAAGAGAGUGGAAGCAAAGGUACUUUGUAAAUGAAGCCUUCUACAAACCUGGCGGUCCAGUGUUUCUGAUGAUCGGAGGAGAAGGACCGGCCAACCCGGCCUGGAUGCAGAACGGCUCCUGGCUCACCUACGCCCAGAAACUAGGAGCCCUCUGCUUGAUGCUGGAACAUCGCUUCUACGGAGAGAGUCACCCGACCGCUGACCUCAGCACGGACAGCCUGCGGUUCCUGAGCAGUCGCCAGGCGCUGGCCGACCUGGCCCACUUCCGCACCGUGACAGCAGAGGCCAGGGGGCUGGCCAACAGGAAGUGGGUGGCGUUCGGCGGGUCGUACCCGGGUUCCCUCGCCGCCUGGUUCAGGCUGAAGUACCCUCACCUGGUCCACGCCUCUGUGGCCACCAGUGCACCUGUUCACGCCACGGUCAACUUCCCAGAGUACUUGGAGGUUGUGUGGCGUUCGCUGGCCUCCGAGAACGCAGAGUGCCCCGUCCUGGUGCAAAAGGCUUCGAGUACCCUCAUGGAGCGCCUGAAAGACCCCAAGACCUACGACAACAUCACCAAAGACUUCAACUUGUGUUCCAAACUGCAGAUCCAGACCGAGAUGGAUGCAGCCUACUUCCUGGAAACGAUGGCUGGCAACUUCAUGGAUGUGGUCCAGUAUAAUGAAGACAACAGGGGGUUUGAGGGCGCGACGGGCACCAACAUCACCAUCAAGGUGCUGUGUGGCGUGAUGGGCGACACCUCCCUCGGGGACCCUUACGCCCGCUACGCCGCCGUGGCCCGCCUCAUGAUGGACACCUUCUCUAUUAAAUGCCUGAACAUCAGCUACGAAAGCUACCUCGGAGAAAUGACCGAUACCUCUUGGAAUGGGCCGGCUGCAGGGGGAGGGAGACAGUGGGUCUACCAGACCUGCACAGAAUUUGGAUUCUACCAGAGCACUGACUCUCCAAACCAACCAUUCACUGGCUUCCCUCUUGUGUAUCAUGUGAAACAGUGUGCAGACUUCUACAAUGUCAGUGCCGAGCAGCUGGCGGACGCCGUGGCUCAGACCAACGAGUAUUACGGCGGCUACAACAUCCGCUCCACCCGAAUAGUUCUGCCCAACGGCUCCAUCGACCCGUGGCACGCCUUGGGAAUCACCCAGGACAUCACGCCUGACCUCCCCGCUGUUUUCAUCAAAGGAACAGCCCAUUGUGCCAACAUGUACCCUGCCAGGAGCGAGGAUCUCCCCCAGCUGGCUCUGGCCCGUGAUCACAUCUUCUUACUCCUCCAGAGGUGGUUGAAGCAAUGAUUGACAGUCGAACCGGCCAAUCAAUGGCUCUGCGAAACAAACACAUUUUUACUUUUGUCCAAAUAAUUUACAUUGGAGUGAGACUUCUUCUUUUACUGCCACGUUUAUGAAUAUGCAUGAAAAGGCACUUUAAACAAGAAUGUACAAAUUUCAGGUAUUUUGAAUGAAUGAGAUAAUUUUGAGUAGAUGAAUAAAUAAUACAUUUUCUAAUGA